AUGGAUACAAUUAGACAGGCAGAAGCUGAUCGUGUCUAUGAAGACUUUGAACCAUCUCAUAAAUGGGAUGAUGGGCGUUUCACUGUUUUGCUACCAGGAUUUAGAAAGGAUCAAAUAAAGGUUCAAGUGACCUCAAAACCUGCCCUAAGGCUGAUGGGCGAACGACCGGGCUUUCAGAAUAGAUGGCGUCGUUUUAAAUUAGAAUUUCCUGUUCCUUCUGAUUAUGACACAGACAGUGUAACUGCAACAUUUGAGGGUGGCCUAUUAACUGUCAAAUUUGCCAAACUUACUAAGCCUGAGGAAACAAAAAAUCCAACAGAAGAUAAUCCAACACCAGAAGUACCGUCACAAAAGAUUGAUGAGCAAAAGGGUCCUCAAGAGGGUGCUGCAAAAGCUAAAGAAGAGAAAAAAGAAACAAAUGAAACAGCAACAAACCCACCAGAAGAAGCUCCAGAGCCAAAGGAACCAUCACAGAAGACUGAUGAGCAAGAGGGCACUCAAGAGAGCACCCCAAAAGCUAAAGAAGAGAAAGCAGAAACAAAGACUAAUGAAGUCUCUGAUCAAAACACACCAACACACAAGGAGAAGGAUUCAAUAACUGAAAAGAGCAAAACAGAAACAGAAGCUAGCAUGGACAAAGUGGCUGAGAAAGUGAAAACUAAUGGAUCAACUGAAAAAACAGAUACAGUAACCUCUAAAGUUCCUAAAACCAAAGAUGCAAAGUUUGUUGCAAGAUCCAAAACCAGGCUUGUAGAUUUCACUCUCCCUAAGGCUAAUCAGGAUGAAAAUGAAAAUGAAAAUGAAGCCCUUGGAGAUUCAACCAGAAGUCUUAAGAAGUGGAAGAAAAUAGUCGCUUGGGUCAUGCUAAUCUUAUUGGUUGUGGGACUUGGGCUUUAUUUUAGAAAUACAUUUGGAUCAUUUGAGGGAGAAUUUAACUUCAAAGACAUGCUACUAUUUCCUUAUUGA